GAUGCAGGAUGGGAGCUGGAAUGACACACUCCCCCGCUCAGUGCUUCUAAAGGAAGCGUGUCCUCCAGGGGGUGUGUCUCAGGAUGGGGAUAGAGGCAUGUUUUUGGAGGCAUCCUCAGAUGGCAAAGUUUACUUGGCGGAGUUCGAGGGAGAGGAUGGGGACUUUCUGGAACUCUCUGCCUUUCUAAGUCAGGAUGAGAUUAACCGCAGUCUGGACCUGGCUCGAGAGGCCAUGAGUGAUGCUGAGGAUCCCUGUGAUGUCUCUGAUAUGCCAAUUCCUGCCUCUUUAUCCAAAGAAUUUGAUCCAGCACUCCAGUCCCCACCUUCUACCCUAAACUCCACCCCUCAGCAUUUAACCGCAACAGAGAAUCAGCCUUUUCAUUCGCAAACCAAAGGUACCACACGACAGAAUUCUGUUGCAAUGGCAUCGUCUAAUCCAGCUGAAGCUACAUCUGUCAAGGUUACAUCCAGUCAAAGCGUUCAGCUCAACAGACCCACUCAGACCCGUACAGGCUCUGAACCCCCAGCCAACCAAAAGUCCAGCAUGCCUGUGUACAAGCAGGAGCGCCCCCGGCUGGUCCAUGGAGGUCUGGAGGUCAAUGAGCGAGCAGCUUCCACCACUGAAUUCUGCAGCCGGGCUGCCACCUUUAUCGAGGAGCUCUCCUCUAUUUUUAAAGGGUCUAACCGCUUUGAUCACCAGGAAGAUGAUGACUCCUCCUCACCGGACAGUGGCUACCUGUCCCCAAAGAGCCAUAAAUUGGCAAUGCAGCAGGCUCGGUCCUCUUCAUCAUCUGCAUCGUUUUCUCCAGAGGUUCAGCAAGGAGCAGGUCUUGAAGGCAAGAUAGAGAUGGAGUCAGAAAUAGAUGAAAAUGAUCAUCAGGUUGGUGAGAUCAGUAUGGAUGGGUCAAUGGCUCCUCCUCGGUUCACCCAGAAGCUGAAGAGCCAAGAGGUAGCAGAGGGGAGUCCCAUUACUCUAGAAUGCAGGGUGACAGGGAACCCCCAACCAUUGGUUAGGUGGUUCUGUGAGGGGCGGGAGCUGCACCACUGUCCUGAUAUUCAGAUCUGGCAGGAUGCUGACCUGCACACGCUGGUGAUUGCCGAGGCUUUCGAGGACGACACGGGCAGGUACACCUGCGUGGCAUCCAACGCUUUGGGAGCAGACAACACCUCUGCCGAGGUCUACAUUGAGGGAGCCUCAUCUUCAGACUCAGAGGGGGAAGGAUCCGUGUCCAAAUCUAAGCCAGGAGCCAUGCCACAGGCUCAGAAGAAAACAGCGUCAGUGUCCUUGACCAUUCGCACGUCUUCGCCAAAGAGCCCUGAUAAACCAUCCCUCCGCUCUACACUGCUCCAGCCACUGUCACAGAGAGUUCAGAGUCCUGUCUCCUCACAGUAUGCUGCUGAUGGACUUCUCUCAGCUCCCCCUACCUUCACCAAGUUGUUACAGGAUGCCCAGGCGUGUGAGGGGCAGUUGGUUGUUCUGGAGUGCAGGGUGAAAGGAAGCCCACCGCUCCGGGUUCAAUGGUUCCGUCAAGGUCACGAGAUCCAGGACUCUCCUGAUUUCCGCAUCCUUCAAAAAAAACCGAGAUCUACAGCAGAGCCUGAAGAGAUCUGCACUCUGGUGAUAGCAGAAGUUUUCCCUGAAGACGGAGGCCUGUUCUGCUGCAGUGCUACAAACCAGUAUGGCUCCAUCAGCUGCAGUGCCCAGCUCACCAUCCUGCCAGGGUCUGAAGAAUCGUCCAGAAAUGGUGCACCCAGAGACGACAGCAUCUUCGAGGACAAUCAAUCAUUCCCACCCCCUCCCCCACCCACUGAAAUCAGCCUCCUGGAGGUCCCACCCAAAACUCCGCCCAGUGCUGAGGCCUUCCAAAUAAAUGAGCUAGACAUUUGGCCAAGUGUCCAGGCUGCCACAGAUGCUGAGCACCAAUUGAACGGAGCUUUUUCCAGCAGCAGUACCCCAAGCCCCCAAUCAGCAGCGAGUAUGAAGGAAAUUCCAUCCCCUGUUGGAGAAGCUGCACUUCCUCCGUCACCAUCUCCAGCUAAAGAAGGACCCCCUGUUCCCAUCAAGCCCAAACCCAGACUGAACGCAGAACAACUGAAGCAGCUCCACAAUCAGGUCCUCCUAGAGCAGCAGGAAGCGGCUAAGUGGCAGCAAGUCCAGCAGCAACAGCCUGAACAAAAAGCCCCACUCCUUCAGCAGCAGCCACCCCAGGAGGUCCCGCCUCCAUCUCCACCUCUUCCCCCUCCUCCCUCCUUCCAGGAGCUGGAGUGCAGCACCAUGCAGACGAGCACGUUCAACUAUGCUCGGCCCAAGCAAUUCAUUGCUGCCCAAUCUCCCAGCAGUCCCAGCAGUGGGUCGGUGAGCUACUCCACCCAGUCCUCCACCUCGUCAGGCUCCAGCCUGACUUCGCCACUCUCGCCCACCGCUACUCACAAGCCAUUUGGCCGUGUCACCCUGCCACCUUUCCAGCCGUUACCUAAAGGAGGCAGCGUGGAGUCACCAGGCUCUCCUUCGUUCCCACCUCCUCCUCCACCCUUCCUCAGCUCCAGCACGGUCACCUCUCCCUGUGGCCCAGCGCAGGACUUUCCCCCACCACCUCCUCCACCCCCGCCUCCUGUCACAAGUCCCACCUGCUCCGAUAGCUCAUCCCCUUUUACACCCAAGCCCCAAUCUCCUGCUGGGUUUUUGGUGUCUGUGCUGCCGGCCACACCCCCUGCACCACCUGUUAAUGCGCUGGGGCUGCCCAAAGGAAACGGCACAGUCGGAUUCCUGCGCAAGAACACCCGCACACCACGGAUCGUAAGCGACUCCGAGAUCCAGGACUCGAAAGAUGCCGUCAUUCAGGACCUGGAGAGGAAGCUGCGCUUUAAAGAGGAACGCGUCAGCAACGGCCAGCAGAGGUUAACCUAUGAAGAGAAGAUGGCUCGCAGGCUCCUGGGGGCUGACAACGCAGCCACAGUGUUUAGCACACAGCAAACGGAGGAGGAGCCCACUACACAGGAAAGCAGUUCAGCUGAUUCAGAAUUUGUCCCUCAAAAGGAGUACAAGGUGUCAAGCUUCGAGCAGCGGCUGAUCAGUGAGAUUGAGUUUCGGCUGGAACGCUCCCCAGUGGAGGAGAGUGACGAUGACGUCCAGCACGACGACAACCUGCUGGGGGACUGCGUGGCGCCUUUCUUCGACCACAAACUCAAGCACUUCAAAGUGUUUGAGGGCAUGCCGGUCACCUUCAGCUGUAAGGUCAUCGGAGACCCGAAGCCAAAGGUGUACUGGUUUAAAGAUGGAAAACAGAUCUCUAAACGGAGCGAGCACUACCGCAUCAGUCGAGAUCCAGAUGGGACCUGCUCUCUGCACACAGCUGCUGCCUCUCUGGAUGACGACGGAAACUACACCAUCAUGGCUGGCAAUCCUGGGGGCAGAGUGAGCUGCACCGGCAGGAUGAUGGUGCAGGCAGUGAACCAGAGGGGGCGGAGCCAGCGCACUACACCUGGCCACAUCCGCAGACCCCGCUCCAGAUCCAGGGAUGGUGGCGAAGAGAACGAGAACAUUCAGGAGCGUCACUUCCGCCCCCAUUUCCUGCAGGCUCCAGGUGAUCUGAUUGUCCAGGAGGGGAGACUCUGUCGCAUGGACUGUAAGGUAAGUGGGUUACCCACACCUGAUCUGAUCUGGCAGCUGAAUGGCCACACCAUCCGUCCAGAUUCCUCCCACAAAAUGCUGGUGAGGGAGAACGGAGUCCAUUCCUUGGUAAUCGAGCCUGUCAGUAGCAGAGACGCAGGAGUUUAUACAUGCAUUGCCAGCAACCGGGCCGGACAGAACUCCUUCAACCUGGAGCUCAUUGUUGCUGCUAAAGAAAUGCACAAAGCUCCUUCCUUCCUCGAGAAACUCCAGAACACAAGCGUUGCCGAGGGUCACCCUGUGCGCUUGGAAUGCCGUGUGUCUGGAGUCCCGUUCCCUCAGAUUUUCUGGAAGAAAGAGAAUGAGUCAAUCACUCACAACACAGACAGGAUAAGCAUGCACCAGGACAACUUUGGCUAUCUGUGCAUGAUUAUUCAGCCAGCUUUGAAGGAGGAUGCAGGCUGGUACACGGUAUCAGCCAAGAACGAAGCAGGCAUUGUCUCUACCACAGCACGACUCGAUGUUCACCACCAAUAUCAGCAGACACACACCCCAAAGCCCAAGAAGGUACGCCCUUCGACCAGCCGCUACGCCGCACUAACCGAGCGCGGUCUGGACGUGAAGGCAGCUUUCUUCCCAGACUCCAGCCCCCUGCCCCCUGGCACCCUGGUGGAGAGUGAUGACCUGUAGAGGCUUGCUCCGGCUUGACACUAUAAACCCUGACCCUAUGAACCCAGUGCCACUGUCCCAGAAACAGACACCAUCACGGCCAUACCAGAGCGAUCUGUCGACUGUUCUCCGAUGUUUGAAGAAGCUCAGCCAAAGAAAAUCAAUCCCGGGGGGAAAUCAGUUUUUUCCACAGAGAAAUUCCAAUUCAUUACAAAUUUGGAAGAUUUUAUUUUGGUCCUUGUGAGAAGAAGUGAGGAAGUGUGAUAGGCAUGGAAGUGAGGUCAUAUCCAGUUUCUUUCAGACUGUACACACACACUCUGCUUAUUUGAAGGAGGAGGUCCUACACCAAUGAUCCCCUUUUCUGCCAUAACUACAUAGUGCCUGAGAUAUGAUAAAAUGCUUACAACAAAAAUCUAUUAAUUUUCAAUAAAGACAAAGAGCGAGUUCUGCAUGUGUUACUAUGGUGCCAUUGUGUAGUACUUGAUACUCAGUGCUUUAGUCUGUAUUUGAGUUGCUGUUCGUUUUGUCGCAGAAAGACUUGUGGGUAAUGGGGUGGUGUUUCUCAGAGAACAUUCAGCAUUGGAUAGGUCUAAUAGUUAGGUUUCUGUUAAUGGCGUUCCCUUAUUUGUCGCGAACUUUUUAUGUGAACCACAGCAGUGUGAGUGUAGAUAGACCGAUCACACUACCACAGAGAUCCACCAGGUCUGGAUGCCGUAGAUAUUGCACAAGGCCAGGCUUUAUUUUUAUUUUUUUUUCUCCAUCUUGUAUUUUGGGCAUAGGGAAGUGGAUACAGGUGCCGAACUGGACUGAGAUUGAAUGAAUGGUGUUUGUGGACAUAAGUGACUGAGGUGGAGGGAUCCUAGGAAUGAAGGCAGUUUGGUGCAGGAAUACUAGCUGAGGAGAACAUGGCAUGUACUGGCUGUGGCGAGAUUACACUGUCACUUUAAAUGGAAAGUGAAUGUGAAGUAAAAAUUACAGUUCAAAAGAAUUUACAUGAUAGAAAUUAGAGACACCAGUGAUGCUGAUGCUGUGGAUGAUAAAGGUUUUUUUUUUCUUUUUUUUUUCUGGUCAUACAAACAUACAUGCACAAGUUCAAGUUAUAGCAAUGGCAGAAGUGUAUUUAACACUUGCACACAACCGUGGACUCUUUUUCAUAUGAGGAAGACGGAGAACAGUGGAGUGGAGUAUUUAUAGCCAGAUUCAGACAUUAAAUUAUAUUAGUGAUUUUCUCAUGGCUUUAUGCACAGUCUUUAACUCUAUAUUUACCACCAUUCGGAUUAUUUACACUUAUAUUUUUCUUCUUAUUAUACAUACAUACAUACAUACAUACAUACACACGUCACGCUGGUACUUGUAUUACAUUACAAUAUCGUAGUAAACUAGAAUCAAGGGUAGCUGGAUUGCGCAAAUGUAAAGCUUGCAAAAAUAUAGCCUAGACAUAUGACUUCAACUCCUUUCGGUAUGUUUUGUCUUUUUAGUUUUCUUUUCUUUUUGCUGUUACUUCUGUCUCAACACAAUACAUACUUAAGGACUGCUGAAAGAUUUUGUUCUUUUAGUUCCAAGCUGAUAUGCCUGUAUAUGAAAUGUUUCUUCUGACUUUUUUUUUUUUUUGCUUUUAUGAACUAUCUAAAUAAAAAUCUCUC